GGAAUGUAUUUAUAAUAGUUGCUAAGGGUAAGUGCUUAGAGAAGGUUUACAUUUUCUGUGGUACAUAUUGAUAUUCACUUACUAGUGUCUGAAGCUUUCUCUUGUGUUUUUUCCUUGCUUGAUUGGAAGUGGAUAUGAGCCUGUUACUGGUCUUUGCUGGAAUACCAUUCUGCAAGGAGACUAGAUUAGGAAUGGAUUCAUGAACUGAAAUUUACCCUCAUUUGUACGAAUCCCUAGAAGAAAAAUAUAAUUAUGUACAUUUUCCUUUUUGCAAUCAAGCAGGGGGAAAAUCUCAAAAAUAUACUUUAAAUUCUCAGCAAACAGGGUCCUGGGUAUAGAUAUGGUGGUAGUAUGUCAAACGGCAGCUGAAGUGUACUAAACACUACAAUUUUGGACAGCUUGGGAGACUGGGGUAUUUUUAUAACGAAAAGGCUACUCUGCUACCUCACAAUUUUAUUUUUUCUGAAAGGCCUCCGGACACCACAGGGAAAGACAUUUUUGACUCCUAUAAGGCAGCUGAGUAGCAAAGGAUUUCCUGAAAGUAUUGGGCCAAAAUACUGCAGAAACUGUUGUAUAUUGUGUGACCUUUUGACUCUAGUCUCAGUCUCAGUAUGUAUGCCCAUUUCCAUAUAAAAGCCAAGACCUGAACAAUUUAAACUGAACACUACUUUUACCAUAUGGUGAAUGCAGUUAUUGAUACCAUCCUCUCCUAUACCCAUCACCGUUACCUUUGGAUACUGAGGAAGCAAUUAGCACUUAUGGUGUUUCUGAUAGAAGAAGGGGAGAAAGCUUUGUUAGUAUGGCUAUUUCCUAUUAGUUCUAAGGGAACUGAAGCUACAAACUGCAUUCAGGUACUAUGGCCCCCAUUUCACUGGAGUCUUUGCUAUCAUAGCUCUCUCAACCUUCAAAUCUGCCAAUGUGUGACACAAUUCAUCCAAGUGACUGAAAAAUGACUAAAAGAUGGAAUACUUGUGUUUCAUUGCAUGUCAGAUUGACAUGUCAUUGACAGAGAAAUAGUUUUAUACUAUAAAACCUCUGUUCAAGGAAAUUUUGUGGGGUUCUUUUUAAAAGGUUUAUUCAAUUCACCUGGAAAAAGAGGAGGUAUGCACUGUACCCAAACCCACUGUUCCCAAACAAACAUUGGUGGUCAGCAAAGUUUGAACUCUGGAUCCUCAGAUCCUGAGCCCAGAAUUCUAUGAUGUGAUGUAAAGGAAUAACUGUGCUCUCCUUAGCAGCCACGAGAAGGGAUCUGACGUACAUUGUGUAGGAUCUAAAUAUAUAGACCUCGUCACUUUCUGAUCAAAAUACAAACUUGGUUUUCUGACUUUGUUUGCCUGUGUGUGCCAUAAAGCCUUUUUUUUUUUAAACGCCAAAAAAGUACACACACGCACACCUGUGUGGGGGAAUGGAGAAAAAAAGUGUACUCAGUCAUACAUCGCCCAGUCUACUUUUAAUUUUGGAAGGUGCUUGGUUAUCACAGUGAUGCGUGUGGUAUAAAAAGCAGAACAGAAGAGCGAGAAGGCUAUGUCCUUGGAGAAGACACUACCUAAUAUUUUUUGUGGCUGAUCUGAGGAGGACUUUGACAAGAAUCCAUUUCUCACUAUCCACCAGCAAUAAAACACAGUUGCAGGCACACUCCUCUUUAUAUUCUUGGGGUGGGGAUUUUUUCCUGGUAUUUUUCAGUGCCUAAUAGAAAGAACCCAAUAGUCUGUAGAUUUUUCUAGUGCUAGCAGAGUUGAUUGUAAAGAGGAUGAUUUAGCACAAGAUGAUGGCCACUGUGGGGAGUUCUGACACAUAAGUUUUAAGGCAGUUUUCUUUGUAUUCCCUUUCUGGCUGUAUGAGGGGUCAAGGCCUCCAGAUGCUCCCUUGCACUAGGAAUGUGCCACUGCAGGUCCCACCAAUCACUCCACAAAUACUCAGUGAGAAGCCACUCUUGUUGAGGGCUCCUUUAUAUAGACACAGGCUUCAAACCUGCUCAGUGGACAGUCUUAUAGAAAAGUCCAUAUGUCAUAAUUUAAAAGUUCUCACAUUACGUGCCAUUUGCUGUCUGCCCAGAUGUGUCUCAUGCAGCUCACCUGUCUGGGUGGAUGAUCAUCAGGUUUCCUUGGGCAUCCCAAGGCCUCAUGAGUGUUUUGUUAGAAGCCUGAGAGUUGCACCUAUUUCCAUAGAUUGCAGAAGAGUCAGCCCUCACCUUGACUGUAGUGAUGUCUUCACUCAGGUGUGGAGAAGAGAUUUGGUGUGAGCACUGGGUGCAAGGAACAGCUGAGCUCUAACCCUGCCUCGGAGGCAGAAUCCCAUAUAUAGUAUGUGUUGGAAAGUUUGGUAUUGGUGGGUUAUUCCAGUUUACAAUUGGUACCAAAAACAACAACUCUGUUUCCAGUAGCCAUUUAUUUAAAUAAUUUCGGUCUAAGAUGUAAAUGGACAAGUGAUGUUCUAAUCAGAAUAAGGGCUAGUCAAGAUGAGCAGUGAGUGUACAGCAAACUGAGGUGUAAAUCUACAGCACACUAGUAUGUUGCACACUAACUGUCUGUAUGAACCUUGCUACUGCAGUCUAAAAGUUCCCUUGUGUGCUUCGAAACAGGAGUAGGUCAGUGUGCAUUAGGGAACUUCUAAUGCAUGGUAGCAAGGUCUGCAAGUACCAUAAGUGCACAGCAUAUUAAUGCACUGUAGGAUUACACCCCAUCUUGUUGUUCGUCUAGACAAUCCCAUAGUCAUUCCUGUGGUAGUAGACUACUGGUGCACUUCUCUGCUCCUAUGGGAAUUCUUUGCCAAAAAAAUAAAAAUUCUGUGCCUAAAGAUUCUGAGCACAAUAUUUUAAAAUUCUGCAUAUUUUAUUUGUCAAAAUAACACAAUAGAAUCAUGCCAGUUUCAAAAUGUCUGUAACAAAACAGACAACAAAAGAGAUUCAGGAAAUGUUUUUUGACAAAUAGAUUCCUUACUAGGCAUAUUAAUACAGAACUCUGAGUAAUAAUUCAUUUAAACUACAAUACAGAAAUGUAUUUCCAGCACCCCUCAGAAGCAGUGCAAAGGCUUGCAGGCGUAGGGGUAACGGAGGGGCUGAGGGAGAGGAAAAUAAUUGCUGGGAAUGCAGGAGUGAACCUGUAGGGUGGUUGGGUGUGAGUUGGAGAAGUAUGGAACAGGUUUUUUUGGUUGGGGGAUUGUUAGGGAGUUGGGGAGCCUCUCCCAUGCAGACCCAUAGCCUCUCCCAUUCAGUCAGGCACAUCUGCCCCUGUCCUCCUGUGUCCCUGCAUCCCCACUCAGCCACCCCUCCUACCCAUCUCCAUGUGGCACUGCACCCCCACUCCUAUUCAUCCCCCGCCCCAGUCUGUCCAUCCACUAGCCCUUCUGAGCCCCAGUCUAUGUGACCCACCCAGCAGCCAUGUGUGCCCCACUUUGUCCCCCACCAUAUCCCAUGUCUCCUCACCUGGCCCCACAGACAGGGCACUGUGAGAAACGCAGCCACUCCUCCUCUCUGUCAGCUGCUGAUUGAUUGAUAUGGCCAGUGAGCUGGCUGCCCUCUGUUCUGGUGCCACAGCAUUCCCUGGUGGGUGAAAGGCAUAACUGCAGUGCUUCUCCAGCAGAAUGUAUUUUCUGCUGAGAAAAAAAAAAUCUAUGGGGGACAUGAAUUCUGCACAUGCACAGUGGUGCAGAAUUUCCCAGGAGUAACUUCUCUUAUUGAAGGCACACAGCCUUGUGCCUCCCAACCUCCCAUAGGAGAGCAUCAAUAUCUUACUUAGCCCAUGUCUGCAAUUCAAAAUUAUGUCAACCUAACUUCAGCAUAGAGUCAGUGCAGUUAUUAAAUCACUUGUGCGUGUGCACACUUGGCUCUUUGUGUGAGCAUUGCGCCUCCUCACCGGGAGUGCUUGUAUCACUUGUAUUGUUAGUAUGGGGCAUUGUGGGACAGCUCCUGAAAGCCAAUAACAGUCGACAUAAGCAUAACUACAUCAGCAUUGACUCUAUGCCACUAGGGGAGGUGGUGUUACUAAAUUGGCAUAGAGAGGCACUUAAGGUGGUGGGAGCCAAAUUUAAGUGAAGAUAUUUCCACAGCUAGGUUGAUGCAAGACAGCUUACAUCGACUUAACCUUGUAGCGUAGACCAGGCAGAAAGAACAUCCGAGUUACUUAUUGCUAUGUUAUUACACACAUACCAAGAGAGGAGUUUCCCUGGAUUUCAAAAGAGGCUCUACUGCUUUUUUGCUGAAUCUCUUAAUACAGUGUCAGGCUAUUGAGAAAUUCUGUUUUAUGUCUAAAUUAAAGGACUUUUUCAACACUAGCAAAGUUCAUGUGAGCCUCCCUGUAAAAUAUGGAACUGGAACAGAAACCUUAGAUGUCAGGAAUUUGCUCAAAUGUAUUUCUACUAUUCUACAAAACACAUUACUUUGGGAAAAAUACCGGUUCAGUCCUUUUAAUAGUCCCAUUCUGCGCAAUCAAAAUCAAAUGAGGGUACUGUAUAUAUACGGCCACCAUAAAUAAUGCAAAAAAAGACUUGACAAGUUGUUUUUUUCGUUUGCAUCUUCACUUGUUUUUGUUUCAAUAUGUUUGAUUAAUUUGCUGUGGAUAUUUUAAGCUGGAUCAGCAUUGGGUUUGCUUCGUAUCAUGGUGGGAAAACUUAGACAACUGAAUGUGCCAGGUAAUGAACAAGAGUUGUAAACUGUUACAAGGGGCUAGUAUAGUUAACAGAAGCUUGUAUUAUAAACUUGCUGAUUUUUUUUAAAAUCAUGCCUUCACCACAGAAAUAGAGGAAGGAUAAAAUAAAUCACUGUAACUCUAUUAAUCUCCCAGGACUUUUCCCCUCAAACAAUGUGUAAACCUCAUACAAUUAGUCAUAAUUUAGCUGCUUUGAAAUUGUUUAUUAAAAGUAUCCCUGUUUGUUUCCGUAGAUAAUCAGUGCAUAUGCUAUGAAUAGAGAUGUCAUAGAAUAUUCCACAACUAUCAAAAUCUCUGGACCUUACCAAAAGAACUAAUGUUUUGUUAUAGUUAUAGUCAGUGAUAAGGUGUUUGCUGCAGCUCCUGGAAGACAAUGUGUUUUGAAAUGUCAUACUGAAUUUUGGAUCUACUUUACUAUGUAUGGAGUGAAUAUUAUAAAAUUGUUCUUUAUCCCUUCAAAAGCAGCACUUCCAGGAGUAACCUCCUUUUAUGUCAAGUGAGCAGGAAGGAAUGAAAUGCAAUCCUGGAUGACCGCUAUCAACCAAUUCUUACAUAUUGUGUGGCAAAAAAUAGAGAGACAACUAAUAUUAGUCAUGUCUUUUCUCCUUGCUGCUCUCUGGUAUUGUAGAAGGCUCUAUGCAUACUUAGCACAGCUGUUGAAAUGGUGGAGCAGAUAUCUGCAGAGAAAAUUUAAAAAGAACCUCAGUGUACUGGCAGAAGUUGAUCUGCUUGGUUAUUGUGCAAGAGAAUGGAAAGGAGAAACCAAGCAGGCCAAGCAGAUGAAGGCGGCUUAUAAAGAACUAUUUUGGAGAUACCAUAUUAAAUAUAUACGACAAGUCAGAAGAGAUAACUACUGUGCAUUAAGAGCUGUGCUGUUUCAGGUAUUCAGCCAGGGCAUUUAUUUCCCAUCAUGGAUGAAGGAGAGAGACAUUUUAAAGCUCCCUGAAAAGCUUCUGUAUUCACAAGGCUGCAACUGGAUUCAGCAAUAUAGUUUUGGACCAGAAAGAUACACAGGCGCCAAUGUAUUUGGAAAAUUACGUAAAUGUAUUGAAACAUUAAAGACACAGUGGACUGAAAUAAGUGGUGUUAAAGACCAUGAUGAAAGAGGAAACAUGUGCAAUAUCCUUUUCUCUGAUGAAAGCAAGGAAUAUAAGCUGUAUGAGGCUAUAAAAUUCAUCAUGCUUUACCAAGUUGUGGAAGCCUAUGAACAGAUGAAGAAUGAGCAGAAACAUGUCCCCAUCCUUUUUAGCCUCCUUUUUGCUCGUGAUACGUCAUCUGACCCUUUGAGUUUCAUGAUGAAUCAUCUGAAUUCCAUAGGGGACACGGGUGGUCUGGAGCAGGUUGAAAUGUUUCUUCUUGGAUAUUUACUUGAAGUAAAGAUAAGAGUUUACAGAUUGUAUAAGUUUAACACUGAAGAGUUUCAAGUAAACUAUCCAGAGGAGUAUCACAGAGACUGGCAGGAAGUCUCUCUUCUGACUGAGGAUGACCAUCACUAUCACAUCCCGAUUACUAGAAUAUAAGACUGAUUUCUAACCAUGAAGUACAAGAAGUGACCAUCUCCAGUAAAUUAUCACCUUUAAGCCAAGUCCUUUGCUGGCAACAGUAGGAUUUCAAGUAACAUAAAAUUAUGACUACAGGACACACAGGUUUAUUAUGUUAACAUCUUGCUUGCUUGUACUGACCCAUAUCACCUGUGAUCUGCCUCAGAAAAACAAAAAAUACAUAAUCAUACAAUCAGGACAAACUGACAUAUUAGUGUCCUCAAAUAAAAAAAAUAGGGUAAAUCGCCUGCGAGAAAACAUUUUCACUAGAUAGUUGAUAGUCACUUGUUGAGCUAAGUCCAAAAGAUGUGUUGUGUAUAAACUUACAAUGCCAAAUGAUACCUAUUGUUUGUUUAAGAAGGGUGCUUCAGCCACUGACUUGGGAGAGAAACAAAGGCAAUAAUAAAAAGAAAUAACUUGCAGUAUAGCUUUACUCAGUAUAUACUCUUCCCCCUGCCCUCCCCCUAUCCCUUCUUUUUGGAAGGGUCAAAUUUAAUGUUACCUAUCACAAGUAUGUAAAGGAUUUUCUUUGCAAUUGGUUUGAGAAGGCUUUGCACUUCAGUGCAUUUACAAAUACUGGCUUUUCACAAAAAUGUUAACUCUCUGUACAUUAUAUACAUUUAGCAGGACUCAUAUUUCCUAAGCUUUUUUUGUAUAUACAAUUUAAUACCUUUGAGUUACUUUCCUUAAUCUUGACAUCAAGGUUACUUCUAGUUUUUGAGGGUCUUAAGAAGUGUCCAGUAUAACAAGCAAAUUGUCUUAGUGUGUUGAAAUAGCAGCAAAAUUAGGAAGCUUAACUUUAAUGAAAAUUAAAGUGAUAACAGUUUAGCAAUAUGUUUAUUUGUGGCACAUGAACAUUAUCACAAGUAAGGCUGCAAGUUUGUCAUGGAGGUCACAGAUUCCGUGACUUUGCGGGACCUCCAUGACUUUUGCAGCUUUACCGGCCACUGCUGGGGCAGUCUUGGGCCACCGCACCCCCUACCCCAGCAGCAGCAGGAGUUUGGAUGUGGGAAGGGGCUCAGGGCUGGGGGUUGGGGCACGGAAGCGGGUGAGGGCUCUGGGUGGCGCUUUCCGCAGGGGGACUCCCCAGAAGCGGCGACAUCCCUCAGCUCCUAGGUGGAGGCGUGGCCAGGCAGCUCUGUGCACUGCCUCUGCCUGCAGACACCACCCCUGCAGCUCCCAUUGGCCGCAGUUCCUGGCCAAUGGGAGCUGCGGAGCCAGCACUCGGGGAGGAGGCAGCACGCAGAGCUGCCUGGCCAUGCCUCUGCCUAGGAGCUGGGGGAAUGUCGCCACUUCCAAGGAGGUGCGGAGCCAGGUAGGGAGCCUGCCAGCCCUGCCAAUCCAGUAUCUGCGGGGGUCCUGUGCUGCACGCUGCUGCCUCCCACCCCAGCACUAAUGGUGGCCCCCGGGAUGCCCCCCGCAGCAUCGCCGGGCCACCCCCACCCCCCCCAAUAUUUAGUCCGGGGCAUAUAGUACAAGUCAUGGACAGGUCACGGGCCGUGAAUUUUUGUUUACUGUCCGUGACCUGUCUAUGACUUUUACUAAAAAUACCCAUGCCUAAAACAUAGCCUUAAUCAUAAGCUUAAAAUUAUUUGAGUCACUUCUCUAAUAAGAUUAUAUAUAAAGAGAAGAGUUUUUAAUAAGAAACAAACAAUUUUCCUUUAAAUAAUAUUGAAAUCAUCUCCAAAGAUGCAUGUAGUGUUUCUCUUGCUCUCACAGGAGAUAAUUUACCAGAAUGAAGUGGUGAAUUAGGUCCUCAGGAGUUAAACCAAUUAUAUAUGCUUCGAGUACAUAGAGACUGAGCUAUUCCUUUCUGUAAUGAAAAGCAACUUUUUCCUCUUAUAUUUCUUUGUAUAUAUGUAUAUAUAUUUAUAAAGCAAACAUGGUUUUGGUGAGUACUGUAAUUGUUUUGUUUCCUGAAAAUUUUAUUGGAUUGUGGAUGGUUUGUUCAAUAAUUUGUAGUCUUUAAUUAAAACUGUCCGAUACAUAAUUUUUUUCCUCUUACCAGAACCACAUUUCUGAUUAUAUUUUAUUUAUUAAAAAAACCUUUUUUCCUAAAUUCAA